GCAUGCUCGGACAGCCUUUGGCUGUCCGGGCAUGCUGGGAGUUGUAGUUUUGCAACAGCUGGAGACGCACUGUAUUGAAAACACUGCACUGUGGUAUUCAGCGGGAAUAGUUUCAGUUCCCGGUACAGAAGCAGCCGGCGCUGAACGGGUUAAAACUACACCGUUCUGUUCCCAGGAGGUAAAGCACUGGGUGGGAGGGACCAGAGUCUCCGCCCCCUCUGUCAGACCACGCCCCCCGUGCCUGCACUCGCUGGAUCCGGGAUCAGAGCUGGUAAUAGCAGCAGGUGCAGCCGUCAGCUCCCUAUUGAAAUAACCGGUGGCCAGACCCUGCCACCUCCCCUCCCCCAGCCAUGGAACAAAUGGGUACUUCUCCAAGGUGCUCUCCAUGUCUUAGGGGAAGAAAAGGGUUAAAAGCAUCCAGCCGCUCAUCACCGUCCCGUCUAUCAAGAGAUUCAGACGAAAUGAUGGGAAAAGCUGAGGAACUUUUCCAACUUUGUGAUAAGGAAGAUAAAGGGUUAAUCACCAAACGAGAUCUUCAGCGGCUACAGAAUGAGCUUCCUCUCACACCAGAACAAUUGGAAGCUGUAUUUGACAGUCUAGACCAGAGCAAUAAUGGCUACCUCACUCCUGUGGAGUUCAGCAUGGGCCUUGACACAGGGAGAUACGAGAGCUAUGGAAUCGUCUGCGCAAGGAACGUCCCGAGUUGCUGGCGAACUUUGAGGAGUUUCUCUUCCGUGUUUCCUCUUACAUCCGGGAUGUGCAUCAUGAAAAAGAGACUCUGGAACAAGCUUUAAAAAGGAAAGAGACAGAUCACGGCCGAGAGGUGAGGUGUCUGUAUGAGGAGAUGGAACAACAAAUUAAAAUAGAGCGGGAAAGGCUCCUCAGAAAGGACUCCUUGAAACAACAGGACAGACAAACAAAUCUCCAAAGCGAGCUGAUGAGAAAAGAACAGGAGCUCGAAGGCAUCGCUCUCCGACAAAGACAGAGUCUUACAGCUGGACAUACAGUGCACCAUCCUUUACUCGAACAACAGCUGCAAUCCCUGAAUAGUGAGCAACUUGAGACCCGUGUCCAGAACGAUCGCCUGAAACAGCUAAAUGAGGAUCUCAUUGACCAACUAGAAAAGACCAAUACCGAUCUGGAGAAAGCACAGAGCCAUCUACUGAAGCUACGCAAGCAAGAGCAGGAGGAGAUGGAGCGCAAGAAGAGGGACGUCUUCAAAGUCUCCAGAAAUAUGCAGAAGGAGAAGCAGAGUCUUCUCCGACAACUGGAGCUUCUCAGGGAAAUGAACAAAAAGCUUCGAGAUGAGAAAGAUGUGUUUGAAGCAAGAAAGCUGGAUACACUGAGAAAGGAGCUGACAGACCCCAUCUUCAGACCCCGAGGUUGCUGCUGCUGCCACCACUCAAGCUGUGCUGGCAGUGUCCACCAUGAACCUGGAUUAUGACUAUAGGGAGGGGGUGCUAUUGGGGUUUGCAAUAUGACUGUAUAGUAUGUUUAGUAUAUUUUAGUUAUCUAUUGAUGUGUAUAUGUAAAUACUUUUAUGUAAGUCUUAAUAUCUGUAUAUAUGCAUCCAGUCCACUGUAUGCGGAGCAGUGACAAAAUAUUUGUACAGAGUCAGGUCAAAGCUUUAGACCAGAUACUUGUGAAGGGGCUGUGGUUACAAACAGGAAAAUCUACUCUAUAGAAUACAUAGUUUCCUGUACUGUUUUACCUCAUGAUCCCACAGUAGUGCUUCCUUGUUUUUUUUAUAUAAAUAGUUGUU